ACGUGCCUACAAAAGCGACCGCAGAAUAACAAAAACACAAAAAAACGGUGACUGGAGCGGUAGAAACAGCAGCGGAAUAAUCAACAAAGGCGGCAAACAUGGCGAGAGGAGGAGGGACUCGGAAACCAGUAACGGAAGGAUCCACAAUGGGAGACCAUCAGCGGAGGACACUGUGCGUGGAUCAGGUCUUAAGUGACCUCUGCCUGGGAGACUACGAGCAGGCCCUCUUGCGGAUCAACGAGGAGCUGGAGAGCUUGCGGGAACAUGCGGACAUCAUGGCCCUGCUGGAGCUGAAGAACAUCCUCGUGAGACUGCGCCUGAAGGGCGAGGCCCAGCGGAUGUACGGCCCGACCCGCCAGUCGGACGCACUGCCUCAGGGAUUCACGCUCGAGAUGCUGGACGUGGUGCAGAAGGUGCUGCGCUGCCAGAACCACUACGAAGUGCUGCGCGUCUCGCACCACGCGACCUACUCGGAGGUGAAGCGGGCCUACCACAAGCUGGCGCUGCGCCUCCAUCCGGACAAGAACCGGGCUCCCGGAGCGGAGCAGGCCUUCCGGCGGAUCAGCGAGGCGGCGGACUGCCUCACGGACUGCCAGAAGCGGAUCGAGUACAACAUAGCGACGUCAGUGGGCGAUCACCACGGGCAGAACCGCUCGGACUACGAGGACUACCUGAGUGGCAGCGGAGUCUAUGGGGAGGAGCAGGCUGAUCGGAGGCCGUAUCAGGCGGCCAAUCAACGGAUGCCACAGCGGCAGUCACUCUACCAAACCGAGCAGCUCGUGAUCGGAGUGGUGGCCUCCCUGGUAUUCCUCUUCAUCACCAUGCACUACAUAGCUGCAGCACCUGCCUACAGUUUCAAGCAAACCAGAACCCACAGUUUUCGCCGCGUCAGUCAGACGAACCAUGUGGCAUACUAUGUAAACCCAGCGGAGCUCGCGAAAUACACAGAGCAGCAGUUGGCCAAGCUGGAAAUAGAAAUCGAGCAGGUUUACAUAUCGGAUCUCAAGCAGAAUUGCAAGCAAGAGCGCAGUUUGCGGGAUACAGUGCUCUUGAGGGCGAGACAGGGAAACAACCGGAAGCUGUUUGAACAAGCCAGCCAGAUGCCAACGCCCGCCUGCCAGGCCCUCCUCCAACUGGGAAAGUUGAGACACAGUCCACUGCUUCUGGAGAACCGAUCCUCGGAGGAGCCACGCUUGCAGCAGGACUAGAAUGGAGGAGUGUCAAGUUUUUUAAUGCUUUUAAUAGUGAUAUUAAUACUAAUAGUUUAGGAGGAGAAUAAAGGAAAUCCUUUUAAAAACGUC